ACAACCUCGUAUCCAGCCUCCAUCAACAUUUCGAAGUUUGCUUUUAAUUCCUUUUUGUCUUGGUUCUUCGUUCUUAGUUGUUGCUAUGGAGGCGCAAUUGCUACACGGGACGUUGUUUGCAACCAUAUAUGAGGUCGAUAGAAUACCAAGUGGAUUCUGUCCUACUCGUUGUUGUGUCGGUUUCCCUCAGAUUGGGAGUGAUAGAUUCUAUGCAACCAUUGAUCUGGACAAGGCCAGAGUGGGGCGAACCCAACUCACAACAACUUCUAAGCCAUGUUUUUCUUCAGCACUUCAUAAACAAAACAGGGCACCAAAAAAGAAGCCUUCAAAUCCCACAUGGAACCAAGAUUUCCGCAUCUAUUGCGCCCACAAAGUCUCCCAUGUCAUCUUCACCGUCAAGUACGACGACCCAGUAGGCGCCAAGCUCGUCGGGCGCGCCCGUCUCUGGGCGGCAGAACUGAUGGCGCCGGCGAGGAAAGGGGCGGUGGUGGACAGAUGGCUGCCAAUUCUCGACGGAGAUGGAAGUCCGGUCCGUGGGAAUUCCAGAAUCCAUGUCCGUUUGAAGUUCUCGAGCGUGGAGGAUGAUGAGCAGUGGUCUAAAGGGAUCUUGAAGCCCGGCUUCAAUGGCGUCCCUGAUACGUAUUUUGAUCAGAGAGAGAAUUGUCAGGUCACGCUUUACGCAGAUGCCCAUAGCCUCUCGGAUGAGAAGAUAGGAGGAAAGUUGCCGCCGGGAAGGUGUUGGGAGGACAUUUUCGAGGCGAUUCAGAGCGCUAAACACUUGAUUUACAUUGCGGGCUGGUCAAUCUAUGCUAAAAUCAGGCUGGUAAGAGAUCCGGCGAGACAGAAAGCGGACGGGGACAUGAUUCUCGGCGAUUUGCUGAAGAGGAAAGCCGGAGAAGGCGUGAAGGUUCUUCUUCUGGUUUGGGACGACAGAACCUCCGACGAGUUUUUCAAGAAGCAGGGCGUGAUGGCAACCCACGACGAGGAGACUGCCAGUUUCUUCAGAGGCUCAGGCGUGCGGUGUCUUCUUUGUCCCCGGAAUUUCAGCAGCGCCGUCGCCCAAGGCGUUCAGGCUUCUGCGAGGACGACUCUGUUCACCCACCACCAGAAGACAGUGAUCGCCGAUUAUGGGUUCCUUCAGGACGACGGAGGGGAGAAGAAGGAGCAGAAGAGAGGAAUCGUGAGUUUUCUGGGCGGGAUUGAUCUCUGUGACGGCCGGUACGACACCCAGGAGCAUUCUCUGUUCAGGAAGUUAGACAAAGACGACUUCCACCAGCCAAACUUCGCCGGCGCGUCUUACCGGAAAGGAGCGGAGAAGAAGGAGCAGAAGAGAGGAAUCGUGAGUUUUCUGGGCGGGAUUGAUCUCUGUGACGGCCGGUACGACACCCAGGAGCAUUCUCUGUUCAGGAAGUUAGACAAAGACGACUUCCACCAGCCAAACUUCGCCGGCGCGUCUUACCGGAAAGGAGGUCCGAGGGAGCCCUGGCACGACAUCCAUUGCAGACUGGAAGGCGAAGCUGCUUGGGACGUGCUCUACAAUUUCGAGCAGAGAUGGAAGAAGGCCGAGAAGAAUGCUUGGCAAUCAAGAACAACAGGGACUGUUUCUGAAACUGGACGUGGAUCUGGAAACAUGAAUUUAUCAAAAUUCUCAAAAUUUUACAAAGGAUUUGGGAAUCGAGCCCAGAAGGACGUUUCAGGGACGGGAAAUAGAGCCGAUCGGAAGGAUGAGACAGCCAUGUUCUCCCUCGAGGAGCUCCGGAGGUUCACUGUUCCGCCGUCAAGCAUCCCUGCGAAUCCGAACGAUCCGGAGAGAUGGAGCGUCCAGAUCUUCCGAUCAAUCGACGGGAACGACGCGGCGGAUUUUCCGGAAGAUCCGAGAGAGGCGAGAAAGUGCGGGCUGGUGACCGGAAAAAGCAACAUAACGGAUCGGAGCAUUCAGGACGCGUACAUAAACGCCAUCCGCCGCGCGAAGAACUUCAUCUACAUUGAAAACCAGUAUUUCGUGGGGAGCUCGUACGGAUGGGGGAGAGACGGGGACAACGCCACCGGCGCCCUACAUCUGGUCCCGAAGGAGAUCUCGUUGAAGAUCGCGAGCAAGAUCGAGGCGAAGGAGAGGUUCACGGCGUACGUCGUGAUUCCGAUGUGGCCGGAGGGAGUGCCGGAGAGCGAAUCGGUGCAGGCGAUUCUGGAUUGGCAGAGGAGGACGAUGGAGAUGAUGUAUACCGACAUCGCCGAGGCUUUGAAGGCCCACAACGUUUCUGCAGAUCCGAGAGAGUAUUUGACGUUCUUUUGCCUCGGGAAUCGCGAAGUCAGAGAUUCCGAUGAGUACACGCCGCCGGAAAAGCCGGAUUCCGGCACUAACUACGCCAGAGCUCAGCAGUCCAGGCGCUUCAUGAUCUAUGUCCACUCCAAAUUGAUGAUAGUCGACGAUGACUACAUCAUAAUUGGAUCAGCCAACAUUAACCAGCGUUCAAUGGACGGGUCUAGGGACUCAGAGAUCGCGAUGGGCGGGUAUCAAUCGAUGCACCUAACACACGACAACCAACCCGCUAGGGGAAAGAUAUUCGACUUCAGAAUGGCCUUAUGGGGCGAGCACACAAGCCGUGUGGAGGACUUAUUUUCACACCCAGAGCACCCGAAAUGCAUCCAGAGAGUAAACGCUAUAGCCGAGGAGAACUGGAGGUUCUAUGUAAGCGAUGCCGAGCCACUUCUUGAAGACAUUCCAGGCCAUCUUCUCACCUACCCUAUACAAAUAUCAGAAGAAGGGAAGGUCGGAGCGCGCCCGGGUUUUGAAAACUUCCCAGACACCAAAGCUCGUGUUCUUGGAACCAGAUCUACUUAUCUCCCACCAAUCCUCACUACUUGAUUUGUCUCUCCUUUGCUUCGAUCAAACAAAUUAAAGUGUGUUGUUGAUGAUACAUGCAAUAGAAAUGUAAUUACUACUAAUUACUCAUCCUCUACAUGCAAUAGAACUGUAGUUUUUAGACAUCAAUGGUUCUUCCAAUGUGAGCAACAAAUGAGAUAAAGGGAUAACCUUAAACAACAAGAAACAAGGGAACCAUUU